UUCAUGUUGCUUUAUGGCAGAGCGAAAGUAAGGAAUCGACUGAAACUCUCAAACAGGAGAUAGGAGGCCGUAGAAAUGGACGUUUGAACGAAAAAAAGACGCAAGGAGAGUGCUGAAUGUGGGAUAUAAUCGCCAAACUCCAGUCUUUGGCAUCUUUAAUAAUCACAUGUCAGCUCCACCGCAGCGAGUCGCAGUUGUCCAGGCUUCCUCCGGCAGUACUGCGGGGCUGCUGUCAAUGAACGCUCUCUUCAGCCGUAAUGACCGAUCAGCCCCUCCCUCUGGAGGCCACGCCCAUGCUGGCUGAGGUGCCCCUCGUUCCACACACGCUCGGUGGAGACGGCAUGCACCAGGUGAUUUAUCUCCACAUGAACCCCCUAGAGCCCUUCUCCAUUCACACAGAGGACGGUUACAUUCAGUACAUAACAGGUCCAGCACAUGUGCCCGUACUCUCACCCAGCAGUUCUUUCCCUCCUGUCUACGGGUCUCAGGUGGUGGAGGAUAAUGGCAUGCGGAAAAUUCUGGUUCUGCCCCAUGCUGCAGAGUUCCACCACCCUCUGCCCCCGGUCCUGCCACAUCUGCCCCACUACCUCUCCCCGCACCCCGCCAUGCUGCAGCACCCCCACAUGUACCCCGCUGAGCCCCCCCUGCCCCAAACCCAACGCCUCACCCUCCUGCCAGUGUACUCUGAACACGAUGUGAUGUGUCACAGUGUGCCUUUACCCGUUCGAGAUGAGCGUUUGGCGAAGAUGCAGGAGCAGCCACAGCGGAAACAGAGGGCGGGGCAUCUGGCCUCAGCCAAUGGCAUGACGCUUGCCUGCAGCCCGCCCACUGCUCUACGCCUACACAAUGGACACAACAAAAGCUACACAGGGCCAGUGGCCUCACCCAAACCCCUCAAACACAAAAGCUUUGGCCGGACCAGAACCACUCCCCUGACUGGCCCAGAACAACACAGAGACACAGAGGAGGAAGUCAGGAGAGUACAGGAGCUGCUGUCCAGUGUCUGCAAACCAACUGUGGGUGGUGUGACCAGCUGCUCGGCCGUCCUGUCAUGGCGUCCUCCCAUCCCCCUCCCCAGCACCGCAGACCUCCCACACCGCACACCCCCCCAGUGCACACCCCCUCAGCGCACGCACCCCCAGUGCACGCCCCCCCAGCGCACACACCCCCAGCGCACCUCUCUGCUCACCUACGAGUUGGCCUUGUCCCAGAGUGGCACCAAUGGAGACUUCAACCUCGUCUACCAAGGGAAGGACACUUCAUGCACAGUCGGAGAUCUGAGACCUGCAACACAUUACUAUGUCAGAGUGUGUGUGGCGUGUAGUUCAGUGAAAGGUGCACCGUCGGAGGCUGUGGGUUUUACGACACUGUGUGGGGCUCCUGACACUCCUGCAUCUCCACGACUCAUCCUACGGACGAGGAGCUGUGUGGGCCUGCAGUGGAAGGCCCCGAGUGACAACGGUUCCAAAAUAAGCUGUUUCGUUUUGGAGUGCAGUGAGGGAAAACAGAAUGCCUUUAAAGAGGUUUACCGUGGCCUUGCCAAACACUACAAAGUUGUCAGACUCUCUCCCUCAACCAAGUACACCUUCAGGAUAGCUGCUGAAAACCAGAUAGGAACGAGUGCCUUCAGUGAGUUGCUGACCUGUUCCACGGCAGACUGUGUGCCCGCCCCCCCGGCGCCCCCCCAGCUGAUGGGGGCUGGAGUGACGUGGUUGAAUCUGAGGUGGAGCGCCCCCUGUGGGCCAGUCUGCAGAGACACACUCACAUACAUUGUGGAGAUGGAAGAGGACGGCUCUGGUUGUGGCUUCAGGCCGAGACACCGCGGGGAGGACCUGUGCUGCGUGGUGACGAAGCUGAGAAGACACACGUCCUACAGAGUCAGGUUGCUGGCAGCUAACUCAGAGGGCUGCAGUCAGCCCAGUGUGACAGUGGAGUACAGAACAAGCCCAGACAAACCCAGUAGGCCCAGUAGCCCAUGUGUCCAGGGCCCAGUCCAGCCUCACAGCCUGUGUGCUGUCUGGGAUCCUCCUGAAGACGACGGCGGUUCAUUGAUAACACGCUAUGUGCUGGAGCUCUGUCACAGCGGGACCGAAUGGGAUAUUGUGUACAGUGGGCCGCUGAGACAGUUUGUGUGCGAGGACUUGGAGGCGGGGAAGUGGUAUAAGCUGCGUGUGUACUGUCUGAGCUCUGGAGGACAGAGUCAGGUGUCUGAGACUCUCUCAGUGCAAACGGCCCCUGUGUGUCCCGGAAUGUGCCAAGCACUGCACACCACGGGGGGAGCCACAUCUUCAGAGAUACCACUCUCAUGGGAUCCGCCGCUGUGUGAUGGGGGGGCCCAGGUGACUGCGUAUGCUGUGGAGAUGGCGGUGUCAGAAGGGAGUGAGCGUCAGCAGGUUUACCGCGGCUCUGAGGGCAGCUGCCUCGUCCGCCGCCUGCUGCCUGACACAACCUACUGCUUCUGGGUGAAAGCCGCCAACGAGGCCGGGUGGGGGCCUCUGUCUGACACAUGUCAGGCCUCCACCACCCCAGCCCCACCAGAACAGUGCAGCCCCCCCCAGCUCCUGCUGCAGACACCCAGCAGUGUGUUAGCUCGCUGGGAGGCCCCUGCAGGCAGAGGGGCAGAGGUGUUUGUCUUUAGGCUGGAGUGGGGUGUGGAGAAGGGGAUGAUGGUGUUAGUGUACAGUGGCCCUUCACUGCAGUGUGAGCUGAAAGACCUGCUCCCAGCCACAGCCUACUACUGCAGAGUUCAGGCAGCCAAUGUCGCGGGAUCGGGCACCUUUAGCCAUGUAGCCAUGGUAACCACCCCUCCCUCAGUCCCGGCUGCUGUGCAGCACGUGGAGGUGGUGGAGGACGCUCUGAGUGACAGCUCUCCGACCAGUCUGGCUCUGCAGUGGGCGGAGCCUUGCUGCCACGGGGCAGAGAUUGUUGGUUACAACAUAGACUUUGGAGACCAGCUCCCUCUGGCUGUGGGGAGGGUCAACUCCUACAUACUGGAGAACCUCCAGCCAGCCACUACAUACAGAAUACGAGUCCAGGCAGUGAACAGUGUCGGUGCGGGUCCAUUCAGUGCCACCCUGAAGGCCCAGACCCGGCCCCUGCCUCCAGGACCACUCGUGCUGGAGUGUGCUUCAUCAGGCCCUCAGAGUCUAAAGCUGCGGUGGGCUGACGGACCGGGCGGUGCCGCGCAGAGCCGCGGUACACAGUACUGUCUGUAUAUGCAGGCCAGCGCGGACAGGUCAGUGUGUAUCUACAGUGGCCCAUGUCACUCAUUUAAAGUCCAGCGUCUGAAUGAAGCUACAGUCUAUCAGUUCUGUAUCCAGGUCCACAGUGAGGCAGGUCUGGGGCCCCUCUCCCCCCUUUACCGGUUCAGUACAUCCAGGUCCCCCCCUGCUCAGCUCAGAGCCCCCAGGGUGGAGUCUGUGGGCGGACACAGGUAUGUGGUGAGAUGGGAAGCCCUGCAGCCAAUUAAAGGAGAUUCAGUUGUCUACAUGCUCCAGCUGCUGAGGGGGCGUGGCAUAGAACAGCUAUACCGAGGCCCAGAGACCGUUUACACGUGGCACGGGCCCCCAGCGGGGAGCGGUGACUGGCGUCUGCGUGUGUGCGCGGGCCGUCGCAGCCCAGACAGCGGUGAGCUCUGGGGGCCGCCCAGUCUCAGCACCCCCCUGCCCACCGCUGAGCCCCCGAGAGAGGCCAGAGUGUCAGCAGCCCAGGGAGCACAGGCCCGGAGGAGAAAAAGGCCCUCUGACGAACAGUUUGCCAUACUUCUGCUCCUGGGCUUCGCCACUCUGGCCAUUCUAUUGGCUGUCCUCAUCCAGUACUGUGUCAUCGAAUGAGAAUUAAGGAUAGAGGCAGAGAGAGAGAGAGAGAGAGAG